GGGUCUGUAGGCGGAGUGGGUCCACUCUCAGACUGCGUGGUAAAAACAAGACUCCAAAACCGAAUUCGCUCCGCUUCACUGGAUCGUUUAGGCCCCGCCCCCCGACGAGCAUCAGCAUCCACGCGCUUCGUGCGUGAUCCAGAUCACAGCCCCGCCGAGCGGAUGGAGUAGCACCGGCCGCCGUUCCCACUCACCGGCGUCUUUCACCCUUUUCCCUCCUGGUUUUCCAUGGAUUCGCCUUCUCCCUGGAAUAUCGCUUCAUCCCAUCGCGAGUGAGCGGCGGCAAAUCCUGAGGAGUCGUCGUCUCCAGGUUGGGGACAAGAUGGCGUCAAACAACACCCUGCGCAGCUACUCCAUCAUCCCGUGUUUCGUCUUCGUAGAGCUCGUCAUCAUGUCCGGCACAGUGUUGUUGGCCUAUUACAUGGAGUGCACGGACCUGUUCAGCGUGCACGUGCAGGGGUUCUUCUGUAACGACGCCGAGCUGAUGAAGCCGUACCCGGGUACAGAGGAGUCCAGCUUCAUCCCGCCCCUCAUCCUGUACUGCGUGGUGGCCGCCGCCCCCUCAGCUGUCAUCUUCGUCGGCGAGGUGUCCAUGUACGUGAUGAAGUCGACCAGAGAAGUUCUUCUUGCCCAGGAGAAGACCAUUGUGACAGGAGACUGCUGUUACCUGAACCCACUUGUUCGCCGCAUCAUUCGCUUCAUCGGUGUGUUUGCAUUCGGCCUGUUUGCCACAGACAUCUUUGUCAACGCGGGCCAGGUGGUGACCGGCGGCCUCUCACCAUACUUCCUGUCCGUCUGCAAACCCAACUACACGGGCACCAAGUGUCGGUUUAAUCACCAGUUCAUCAUCAACGGCAACAUCUGCACCGGAAACCCUGCUGUCGUGGAGAACGCCCGCCGGUCGUUUCCAUCGAAGGACGCUUCUCUGAGCGUGUAUUCGGCUGUUUACCUGACGAUGUACAUCACCAGCACCAUUAAGACCAAGUCCAGCCGUUUGGCCAAACCCGUGCUGUGUCUGGGCACGCUCUGCUCCGCCUUCCUCGCCGGCCUCAACCGAGUCUCAGAGUACAGAAACCACUGUUCGGACGUAGUGGCGGGAUUUAUUCUGGGAUCAGCUGUGGCUCUGUUUCUGGGAGUGUGCGUCGUGAACAACUUUAAAGGCAUUCACAGUGCAGCAGCUAAACAGAAACCUGAAGAGUACCGUGGCCUUCCUCUGAUGACAUUUCCCCGUGUGGAGAGCCCUCUGGAGACCCUCAGUGCACAGAACCACUCUGCAUCAAUGACGGAGGUCACAUGACUAAGGGGGCAGCACCGGGUCACGUUUGCGUCUCCACAGCACUUCCAGACACAAUGAUGAGGACGCGCACCACGUGGCUCCGAAUGCUGAAGAAAAACACUCCUGAUAUACCUGUUUCAAUUCACCCCGAGGGCCAAAAUACACCAUGUUUGUAACGUAACCCCAUUAACGGGUGACACUCAAUUCAGCCCGUCAAUCAACAUCAGCGGCAAAAAGAUAAAUAUCACACAGCAAACUCGUGCAAUGAUUGUUUUUUUCAUAUAUUUGAUAGUUCAUGGUAUUAUUUUGCCCUCAGGGUGCAUAUUUGUAGUUAGCGGACGGUGUUUUUGUACAUUUUGUAUGAGCGAGUGCUGUAGCCUAUUCUGAUGGUGUUAAACUCCAGCACUUCCUGUCAGCUGACUCACUCACUCACGUAACAUCACGUCCUGUCACGUGACAUGCCUUGUUGAUCACCACAUCGGUUCCCCACGUCUGAAAAUCUGGAAAAAUAUUGAUGUUGUUGUGAAAUGUUUGUCAUUUGUACAGAAAAAAA